CGGGUUUGGUAUCCGAAGUUCAACUUUCGAUUUGAGAUAGUUUGAUCAUGUGACUGAUUGAAUACAAAGGUAAACAAUCUGCCUUGCGGAAUAAAGAGAAUGUUUGUGAAGAGAACAGAGACUGGUUAAGAAAACUCCCACAGCCAUGGAAUUUUCUCUGAGAAACUGGAUUGGACUUUUCCUUCUCGGUUCGAUCAACAAUCUACCUUAUGUCAUUGUCACCUCUGCAGCUAAAACAAUUGCAGACAGUUUUAACAAACGGAAUGAUGUAGGGGUAGUUUUUGGGGCCAAUGUAGCUCUGUCUGUGAUAGUCAAAGCAAUCAAUGGCUUGUUUUUACUGAAAGUGUCAUACCGGAUCAGAUAUGUGGUGAAUGCUGUGCUGAUGAUCAUAGGCUUGAUAGGUGUUGCCUUUGCAUUCGACUUCUGGUUUGCAAUUGUCUGCAUUGUGAUUGUGGGUUCUUCAGCAGCAUUUGGCGAAAACGUUGCUCUGGGCUACCUUCGUCUAUUUCCCAGCAAGAGUGUCAAUGCUUGGUCAAGCGGAACGGGAAUGGCAGGGAUCUUAGGAUCUGCGAUAUACAUAAUUUUUGGUUGUUCUAUAGGAGAGAGCAAUAAUACCUCACAACUGAAAACAUUGACCAAAUACGCAUUUCUCCUGACGUUACCGGCAGUAGCAGUGUACCUUAUUGCGUAUUUCGUUGUCAUCAAAGUUCCCCAACAAGACGAUACUUCCCGUCAAAAAGAUACAUCAGUUCAGAAAUCCCGGUCUGAGGCGGAAAAGCCACUCCUGUGUGACGCUGAUGAAGAAAGUAUCGAGAUUGUACCACAGGAAUCCCUCUUAAGACGGCUACGUAGGUGCUGGAGGCUCGUUUGGUGGAUGUCUUUUAAUCUGUGCGUGGUCUACAUGUUUGAGUAUGUUGCACAAGGCUGUGCUGCAAAAGUGCGACCAAAAUCUGAAUACAAUAAAGGCUGCCCCGAAUUGUAUGCAUCCCUGUCAUUUUGCUAUCAAGCUGGGGUAUUUGUGUCGAGAUCAUCAGUGCAAUUAUUCCAAAUUAAAAGAGUGGAAGUACUUUCAUUUCUACAACUUCUGAAUAUGAUUUUAUGGGUAUUUGAUGUCCAUUAUAAAUUCAUACCCGUGUAUCUUUUACCCGCGUUGAUGAUAUAUGUGGGCUUGUUGGGCGGGGCAUCUUACGUCAACAUCUUUUAUCUACUCCUACAUGAAGAGAAGUACCCAGAGGAGGACAGGGAAUUCUGUAUAAACAUCACCUCACUCUUCAUCACUGGAGGUAUAAUUCUAGGAACUGGAUUAGAAACUGCUCUUUUCAACAGUGUGUUAAAAGCCGAUUGAAAGAUGAAAUCCCAAGCAAUUUCAGCGUUGCUCUUCCUGAUAAAGAAAUCGAUUACAUGAAAUUUCAUCUCCUGGACCAUUAUCAGCAUGCAUCACUCAUAAACCACACACAAGGUUACCCAGUCGCCUACAAUGUGCGUCCUGAGGCCAGUUUUAAAUAAUCGUUAAUUUCAUCUCUCAUUCUAUCGAUAUACAUGCUCAAUUGUCAAAUACUCUUAUAUCCCUACAUUUUGUCUUUGAACAUGCAUUAGAGAAAGGAAUUAUUUUAUCAAUGUAUAUUUGAAUAAUUCUUCUUAUUUCUGGUAAAAAAAAAAUUAUUUUAAAUUUCUUCAAAAUAUGCAUAUUUUCCCAAUCAUUAAAGGUUGUACUCCAUGCAAACUUUAGGUGUACACAUGUACCAGUUGCCAGGUAAUAUUGAUUUCGCAAAAUGUUAUAUUGUUUAUCAUAUACUAUCACUGAAGAUGAAGUCUACGUAUUCUUCAGUAUAACAAAAAAAUCAUUUAUCUAUAUUUUUUUUUCCAUCUAAGUUAUUAUUUACUCCAAAAUGUUAAUGAAUAUACCUCUCAAUGACAGAUGCUUGUGAUGAAGUGAUGUCUAAACGUACACUAGUGAUGUCUAAAUGUAUACAUGUAGUGUACUAGUGGUGUCUAAACAACUAGAAAGAGGUUUCAAACUCUUAAGAAAAGAAACGACUUCUGUUGAGAUAUGCUUCUCGCUACAUUUUAGCGCUCAGGAAUGUAUCUGUUUACGAGAUUACUGUGAUUUCAUAGCACUGUGAUAUCUAAAAUCAAAAAUGAAGGUUUUAAAAAUCA